UUCCCUUAGUGUACUUCAGACUCAGGAUACGAAAGGACCUGUCCCGUCUGAUCCACCUACACCACCAUGUGCGACGACGAUGCUACUGCCCUUGUCGUGGACAACGGCUCCGGGAUGGUCAAGGCUGGCUUCGCCGGCGACGACGCUCCCAGGGCCGUGUUCCCUUCCAUCGUCGGCCGACCUCGUCACCAGGGUGUGAUGGUGGGCAUGGGUCAGAAGGACGCCUACGUCGGCGACGAGGCGCAGAGCAAGCGAGGUAUCCUGACUCUCAAGUACCCCAUCGAACAUGGCAUCAUCACCAACUGGGACGACAUGGAGAAGAUCUGGCACCACUCUUUCUACAACGAACUCCGCGUUGCCCCUGAGGAGUCUCCAGUCCUCCUCACUGAGGCUCCCCUCAAUCCCAAGGCCAACCGUGAGAAGAUGACCCAGAUUAUGUUCGAAACUUUCAACACCCCCGCCAUGUACGUGGCCAUCCAGGCUGUGCUGUCCCUGUACGCCUCUGGCCGUACCACUGGCAUCGUGCUCGAUACUGGAGAUGGGGUUACCCACACUGUUCCCAUCUACGAGGGGUACUGCCUUCCCCACGCCAUCCUUCGCCUCGACCUAGCUGGACGUGACCUGACUGCUUAUCUCAUGAAGAUCAUGACUGAGCGUGGCUACUCCUUCACCACCACGGCUGAGCGAGAAAUCGUUCGAGAUAUCAAGGAGAAGCUUUGCUAUGUUGCUCUCGACUUCGAAAACGAAAUGAAUCUGGCAGCUGCAUCAUCUUCCCUUGAAAAAUCAUACGAGCUGCCCGACGGUCAGGUCAUCACCAUCGGCAACGAGCGCUUCCGCUGCCCCGAGUCCCUCUUCCAGCCUUCCUUCCUGGGUAUGGAAUCCGUUGGCAUCCACGAGACCGUUUACAACUCCAUCAUGAGGUGUGACAUUGAUAUCAGGAAGGACCUGUUCGCCAACAACGUUCUGUCUGGCGGCACUACCAUGUACCCUGGUAUUGCUGAUCGCAUGCAAAAGGAAAUCACUGCCCUGGCUCCAUCUACCAUAAAAAUUAAGAUCAUUGCCCCUCCUGAACGGAAAUACUCCGUCUGGAUCGGCGGCUCUAUCUUGGCCUCUCUGUCCACCUUCCAGGCCAUGUGGAUCACCAAGGAAGAGUACGAUGAAUCUGGCCCCGGAAUUGUCCACCGCAAGUGCUUCUAAGAAGCUAAUUCUGUAAGAAGUUUCAAAUACAAUUUUAUUUUGAAAUAAACUAUACGCUUUCAAAUUAUAUCAAACAAGAUCUUUUAAGUUUUAUCAUGUUUUGUUUCGUUGUGGGUCAUCUCAAUUGAUUUUUUUUAAGUUACCAAUUUGCGUUUCAAUAUUUAAAAUAUUUAUUUAACAAA